GAUGCUUAGAGUCCUUUGCAGCUCCCUCCAAAAGAAAGCCUUCUAGUGCCCGGCCCGCUACCGCCCGCUCGCCCGACCCCUCGGACCAAGCGCUCUGGCGCCGGAGCCCUAGGAGGGUCGAGGGUCGGCUUGGGCGGGAGGCUCGCGUCCCUUCGCUGCCCGGGCCCCCGGGGGCGUGGAUGGACCGGCUCCCGGGCCCGGCCCCCGACCCCGUGCCCGAGCCGCCCCGGACCGGAAGCCGCCCCGGGCGUCGGGCCUCUCGCCGAUGAGCCGCCCGGCCGAGCCCCUCCCCGAGCCGGCGGCCAACCAGGCGGCGCGGGAAGCCGGCAUGGCCCAGGAAGACAACCGCCGCGGACAGGGCCUCCCCUCCUUCUAUCAUGGCGCCCCCCAAGAACUGGACCUGUCCAACAAAGCGUACAAAAGAGAAGCGGGGGGCCCUUACUCCGUGCUGGUGGACUCCAAGCUGGGCAAGCCGCACCUCCACGAGAGCGAGGAGCAGCCGUAUUUCCGGGAGGCCAGGCCGGCGGCCGAGGCGCGGGCCGUGAAGGAAGACCGGGAGAACUCGGACGACCCGGAGGACGAGGAGGAGGAGGACGAGGACGAGGAGGACGAGGACGAGGAGGACGAGGAGGAGGACGAAGUGUCGUACAAAAGGGAGCAGAUCAUCGUGGAGGUGAACCUGAACAACCAGACGUUGAACGUGUCUAAAGGGGAGAAGGGGGUUUCGUCUCAGACCAAGGAGACGCCCGUCCUGAAGUCGAGCAGCGAGGAGGAGGAGGAGGAAGAGGCGGAGGAAGACAGCGGGGAGGAGGCGGCCACCGGCGACAGCCAGGACGACGAGGAGAACGCCGGGCAGAAGAAGAAGGAGAAGAGAGGCGAGAAGGCGAGCGUGGCCCAGAGGCGGACCCGGAGAGCGGCGUCCGUCGUCACCGCCCCCGCCGCCGCCGCCCCCUCCCCGCCCCCCGCGCCCCGGGCCGCGAGGGGCCGCCGCAAGAGCGCCGAGCCCCCCAAGCGCAAAAAGAGGGCGGCCAAGGAGCCCAAGGCCCCCGUGCCCAAGGCCAAGUGCGAGGAGAAAGAGACUCUGACCUGCGAAAAGUGCCCCAGGGUGUUCAACACGCGCUGGUACCUGGAGAAGCAUAUGAACGUCACCCACCGGCGCAUGCAGAUCUGCGACAAGUGCGGCAAGAAGUUCGUUCUGGAGAGCGAGCUCUCCCUCCACCAGCAGACAGACUGUGAAAAAAACAUCCAGUGCGUUUCCUGCAACAAGUCUUUCAAGAAGCUCUGGUCCCUGCACGAGCACAUCAAGAUCGUCCACGGUUACGCCGAGAAGAAGUUCUCCUGCGAGAUCUGCGAGAAGAAGUUCUACACCAUGGCUCACGUGCGGAAGCACAUGGUCGCGCAUACGAAAGACAUGCCGUUCACUUGCGAAACCUGUGGAAAGUCGUUCAAGCGCAGCAUGUCGCUCAAGGUGCACUCCCUGCAACAUUCUGGAGAGAAGCCCUUCCGCUGCGAGAACUGCGACGAGCGGUUCCAGUACAAAUACCAGCUGCGGUCCCACAUGAGCAUCCACAUCGGCCACAAGCAGUUCAUGUGCCAGUGGUGCGGGAAGGACUUCAACAUGAAGCAGUACUUCGACGAGCACAUGAAAACACACACUGGAGAGAAACCCUUCAUCUGUGAAAUCUGCGGCAAGAGCUUCACCAGCCGCCCCAACAUGAAGCGGCACCGGCGGACUCACACGGGCGAGAAGCCCUACCCGUGCGACGUCUGCGGCCAGCGCUUCCGCUUCUCCAACAUGCUCAAGGCCCACAAGGAGAAAUGCUUCCGCGUCACCAGCCCCGUGAACGUCCCCCCCGCCGUCCAGAUCCCCCUGCCCCCGGCCCCCGCCGCCCCCGCGCCCCCGGUCCCCUCGGCCGCCAACGCCCCGGCCCCGCCCGUCGGGCUGAACCCGGUGGGCGCGCUCCCCCCCCGCCCCAUCCCGCACCCCGUCUCCCACCUGCACAUCCACCCGCACCCCCACCACCCGCCGCACCACCUCCCCGUGCCCCCCGUCCCGCACCUGCCCCCGCCUCCGGCUCUCUUCAAGAGCGAGCCCUUAAAUCACCGAGGCCAGAGCGAGGACCACUUUCUGCGUCACCUGGCGGAGAAGAACAGCUCCGCCCCCCACCAUUAACGCCCGCCGAGGGGGAGCCGGCCGGACCCACCCCCCUCCCCCCGCCGGCCCGCG